AGGGAAGCCUUUGCAGAAUAGGUUAAAAAUAUAUAUAUCUACGGAGAGAAGCAAUAGCCCUGUUAAAUGCUGCCUCGGUUCCUCGAUUUACUAUAUUUUGCUUUUCCCUCAGGAGCUCAACCACCCGCCUUCAGGUUUCUCCGACAAAAGCCCCCCUUGAGCUAGUUUACUGGUCAUAACAAAAUACAAUGGAAUAGGCCCACCCCACUUACUCUGACAGAAGAAAGAGCUUGCUGUAGAUCCUAUCGAUCAAGGAAUUUCAACUAGCAGGAUCUUGGAGAAGAGCCUUUUACACCAUGACUCCCUGCGCUCUGGAACAUCUUACUGUCAGUGACAAAUGACCAUGGAAACAGUUGAACCACAAGAUGGCAGUGCAACAGACUCUGUUACAGAAAGUGAUUCUGCUAAUCUGCAAUCUCAAAUCGGCCAAAAUCAGAUCUCCACUAUAGCUCAAGUUUCUGUAGCAGGAUCAGCAACUGGAAGAGGAUCUCCCUCUGUAACCGUAGUGCAGUUUCCUUCUGGUCAAACUGUCCACGUACAGGGAGUGAUUCAAGCCACACAGUCUUCGGUUAUUCAAUCGCCGCAGUUGCAAUCUGUUCAGGUAGCGCCAGCUACAAAUGCAGAUGAAUCUACAGACUCCGAGGUUGUAAUUGAUUCUCAGAAGCGGAGGGAGAUACUUUCAAGGAGACCUUCGUAUCGAAAAAUUCUGAAUGAGCUUUCUUCUGAUGCACCUGGCGUUGCUAAGAUUGAAGAAGGAAAACCAGAGGAAGAAGGAGCACCCUCUGGAAUCCCUGCCAUGGCCGUGCCAACAAGCCUUUAUCAGACUAGCACCGGGCAGUACAUUGCUAUAGCCCAAGGUGGAACCAUCCAAAUCUCUAAUCCAGCAUCUGACAGUGUUCAAGGAUUACAGACAUUAACUAUGACAAAUUCAGGAGCUCCUCAACCUGGUGCUACGAUUGUACAAUAUGCAGCUCAAACACCUGAUGGCACUCAACAAUUCUUCGUACCUGGGAGUCAGGUUGUUGUCCAAGCUGCUACAGGUGACAUGCCAACUUAUCAAAUCCGUACUCCAACCACAGCCUUACCUCAAGGAGUCGUCAUGGCAGCUUCCCCAGGAACACUGCAUAGCCCGCAGCAGCUAGCGGAAGAAGCAACACGUAAAAGAGAACUAAGGCUUAUGAAAAAUAGGGAAGCUGCUCGGGAAUGUCGCAGGAAGAAGAAAGAAUAUGUCAAAUGUCUUGAAAAUCGUGUAGCAGUCCUUGAAAAUCAAAACAAGACUCUCAUUGAGGAACUCAAGGCCCUCAAAGAUCUUUAUUGCCAUAAAGCAGAGUAACUGGCAUUUGGCCGUGGAACUUUUUACUAUGAACAGUAAUCAAGGCAUGAGAUGAAGCAAUUCUACAGAUUGCCAAGUGACCCUUAAGAAAGGGGCAGUGUGUGGUCUUUGUGAUCUUGGCUUUUCUUAGGUCUUUUUUCUAAAAGAUGUGUGAUUUCUAAUCUUUGGAAAGCAUCACUGUCUCCAUAUUGUAUUGACCUUGGUCACUGCACCAUCUCCAUCCUAUCUUAUGUCAGUAGCAUGUCACAAAAGCUUUUCUGUUUGCCCUUUUUACUUUUUUUUCAGGGAAGCUGCAAAAGAAUGUCGACGAAGGAAGAAAGAAUAUGUGAAAUGUCUGGAGAGUCGUGUUGCAAUGUUAGAAGUUCAAAACAAGAAACUUAUAGAAGAGCUAGAAACUUUAAAAGACAUUUGCUCUUCCAAGACAGAUUAGUGUCGAUAUUGAAACUGUGAACUGAGUACAGCAUGUACAAAUGCUUCUGCAGAAAUGUGUAGUCAAAAGAAUUAUGACUUUUCCUUUCUAUCAUUUGUAUUCUACUCCACCUCUAACAUUCCUGAAACACUCUGCUGCUUUUUCUAGAUUAUUAAAUGAAACUUCACCUCACUUUUUCUCACCCAGAAAUAGUCAAAUGUUUUCAAAACACAGUGUAUCUUCCAUAUUUUUAGAGGAAGCAUGUGUAAGAGCUGCUCCUCUACUUAUAUUUGCAUUAUUUUCUUUGUAUGAGUGUCCCACUUGCACCAGUACUUUAAAUUGAUCAAAGAUAAUCUAACACAAUAAAAUGAAAACCACCCAAAGUAUCUCAGGAAGAUGUUAUAUAAACAUGUGCGUUGUUACGACGUAUGUGUAUUAGAAUACUAGUUUACAAAUGAAUUUAUGGCAUAUUUUUGUAUUCAUUGCUUUGUGAAGAAAAUAUUGUAUUGCUGUCACUGAGUGCCAUGGUUGAAACUACUUUAAAUAGAACCAUGUUGCAUAAACUUUGUAGUGUUUGGUAUUUAUUUAAUCAUCUAUUCCAUAUUUUUAAAGAACAAAACUAAUGGCAUAAUCUGUGAAAUAUUUUAUUAGACAAUUUACUGUCUUUUAUAUUUCACAAGCAUUCUCUAAAAUUGUCUCUGGAGAUUCUCAGUCAUCCAGGUCAUGGUGUCUCCCCAAAGCACAACUGUAGCCUUUUUUCCCCAAAAGGCAACUGGACUUAACUGAAGAAGUUUUUUUGGAUGAGAAGCAAAAAUCAAAGUCCAGUUGCCUUUUGAAAGAAAGCAUCUUUGAGAUUCUCCAGAAUUGUAGCUAACACUAAUU